AAUUUUCCAGUGCCACAGUAAGGGAAUAGGCUGCUUAGAUAUCGGAUCGGAUCGCUAUAACCAUACCUAGCGUCUACGUCUAACGAAUCCAUGAGAUACUUUAUUAUUGUUUGACGAAACGAAACGAAACGGGAGCUGCAUAUAAGUUUGCAUGCAUGCAAUAAACUUUCGGUUGAUUUAUUUCUCGGUUCCGUAUAUACUUAGAUUGUAAUUAAUUAAAGUGCAUUAUAAUAAAGUGCAUUAAUAUAGUGAAAAGAUCGUCCAUUAUUUCCUUACUUAUAAAAAUGCUCCAAAACCAUGCCGUCAUAUUCAGUUAAUAAUGCUAACAAAUCUCCAACAGCUAUUCCAAAGGCUGGACCUGAUCUCAUAGGAAGUAUUCUGGGCAAUUUUGGAAUUUGGCAAAUACGAACUGUUCUCAUAAUAUUUUUGUGCAAAAUUCCUGCGUCAUGGUUUAUGGCGUGUAUCAUCUUUACGGCUCCCGAAAUCUACCCCAAUAACGAGUUCCAGUGUGAUAUAUCUGGCAUGUCAAGCAAUGCCACCGUUUCCGAGGAUCAAUGUUACAUCAACACAAUUGAUGGUCAAUUGGAAUGCACGGACUUUAACUACAACUAUGACUUUUAUUCAUUGGUUAUGCAAUUCGAUUUGGUUUGCUUGCGGGAUAUUUUUGUUGCGUGGACUCAAUUCUGGCAUCUCUUUGGGAUUCUUGUGGGUGGUGUAAUCGCCACAAAAAUGAUGCUUUGGAUUAGUCCUCGGACGACAAUGUUCAUUGGAAUGGUACUGCAAAUCAUUUGUGGUUGCAUCACUGGAUUCGCCAGGGACUUCACAUUACAUUGUGCAUUCCGAUGUCUAUCAGCCGCAUGCUGUGCACUCAUGUUCACUGGAGGACACACAAUAUUAUCCGAUAUAACAGCUGGAAAAUAUCGACUUGGUGUGAUAAUACUUUAUGACACAUUCUGGUCGAUUGGACUGUUUCUUUUGCCGGGUCUUGCAUCGUUCUUCCGCAAUUGGACGCAAAUUUACUUAGGCAUCACUUUCCCGACACUCGUUCUAAUAUUCCUUCUCAAUUGGACACCAGACUCCCCACGCUGGUUACUGCGAAAGGCCAAGGACACAUCCCAAUGCGAGCAAAUAAUUCGUGACGCGGCAAAAAUCAAUGAUCGAACAUACAAAAUACCAGUUGACUUUUCCGACCAACUGCGCAUCCAAGCGGAGUCCUUGAAGAACAAUCCACCUCGAGAAGCUAGUUGGGUGGAAUUAUGGACUGGGCCUAGGGCAAAAACUCAUCUGAUUGCUGCUCACAUUGCCUUGGCUGUGUUUAUUAUUAAUUUUAUGGGUAUGCUGUUGAAUAUAAGAUCCUUUGGUCGAGAUUACUUGGUCCUGAAUACAAUAAUUAUGGGAUUCAGUGAAAUUGUUGGGUGUUUCUUAGCUUUGCAUUUCACACUUAAACAUAAUAGCUGGAAGUGGCAGUUGGCGGGUGGAUUCAAUAUCGUUGCUGGCCUAAUUGGUUUUCUGGGAUGGACAUUUCAUGAGAAUUCGAUGGAUGAUGAUUUAAAGGCAACCCUUUGGAUUAUAAUAGCAGCAAUACCCAAAGCUGGAACCUCUCUUGCUCAAUCGAUGAUUAUUGCAUGUUUAGCAGAAUUGGUGCCACCGCACAAGAAGGUACCAUUCAUGUUCUCGGUUGUGACGUGGGCCAGGAUCUGGCUGCUUACAGCUCCAUUUGUUAACGUUCUAAAGAAGAUUGCUAUACCAAUGUCGCUUAGUGCAUUUUGUUUGCUUAGUAUUAUUGGUGGUAUUUGUUUGUGUUUGUUGCUUACGCCAAGACCUUCAGGAUCAAAAAUCACGACGAAGUCGACUUCAGAAAAUGGAAAUACGGAAGUUGAACAUGAACCAUCGACAAAAGACGUCAACAAGGUACUUUGGACUGUUGAAGUUUACGAUAAUCCUGUAAGUUCAUGAGGUUGAAAAAUUAUCAUCCUUAUGAGUAGAUAUAUAUGUAGAAAAUGAUGCAUAUACAAUACAUAUGGAUUUGUGUAGGGAGCUUUUCUGUUCAAAUAAAUGUUUGUACUUAAAUUGGAGCCUUGAAAGGCUGUGCUUUGUACCUUUUUUAUAUAUUUUAAAAUCUUCAACGAAAAUAUUAUUUUUAGAAAUAAAUCUAAAUUUAGAAUCACAUUAUUUGUAAAUAAAUUAUUCAAUGAAAAUAAAAUAUUUGUAAAAUACCAAACGAA